GACGAGAAAGAUAAAGACAGACGGAAAGAUAGACAUAAAAAGUACCGCUGCCCUCUUUUUCUUUCUGCGCUUCCAUCAGACAAAUUAUCGGCUGCUUGGAUGAACACAAAGCGCUCGUUCUGUCAGCACUGCACCUGGAUUCACUGACACAGCAGCAUGUCCCGAAGGAAGCAGAGCAACCCCCGGCAGAUCAAACGUCCUCUGGAGGAUGGCUUGGAGGAAGAGGAGGAGGAAUGCGUCUCUGAGGAGAAUGAGCUCUUGGCCAAAGACGAGUUCUCACUGGAGGAGAACUUCUCAGCAGAGUUUGAGACUGAGAACAUGAACUGUGAAGACAUGGAGUACUUCUGCAACAAAGGGGAAGAUGAUGGCAACAGAGAAACAGGAGACUCAGAGAUGGACGGGCAGAGUGAUAAGACCAGGCAUCCCAACACGGGGCCCGAGGGCUGGGACGGUCCAAGAGAGCUGGAUGCCUUCCUUAAAGAUGGCGAGCGUCGGAUCCACAGCCGUCAGCAGCUGCCGGUGGGCACGACAUGGGGACCGUUUGAGGGCAAGAUUGAGAUGAACACUGACAGCACUGCAUUGAAGACGAAGAACACGGUCCCGGUUGUGCUGAGUGCCAGCCCCAGGUGGCUGCUGGAUGUGACUUGGCAGGGAGCAGAAGACAACAAAAACAACUGCGUGGUGUACAGCAAAGGCGGCCAGCUGUGGUGCACCACCACCAAGAACAUGAUGGAGGGUGAGGAGCUGGUGGCGUUUGCCGUGGACUUCGACUCGCGUCUGCAGGCGGUGAACCACAUGUCUCUGAGCGAGGGCAUGUACCCGGCCCGGCUCCUGGACAGCAUCCAGCUGCUGCCGCAGCAGGCUGCCAUGGCGUCCAUCCUGCCCACCGCCAUCGUCAACAAGGACAUCUUCCCCUGCAAGGCUUGUGGAAUCUGGUUUCGCAGUGAGAGGAACCUGCAGGCCCAUCUGAUGUACUACUGCAGCGGGCCCGGGCAGCGGGAACCAGAAACGGUGCUGGAGGAAAAUGACACGGGGCCCCACCAGACCCCCACUUUGUGCCCCUUCCCACAAUGCAACAAGAGCUUCUCUGGAGCCCGAGCGCUGGAGAUGCAUUUGAGCAGCACACACACCGGUGUCAAAAUGGAAGAGAGCCUCCCUCCUGGCACCAGCUUGAAAUGCACAAUCUGUAACUACACGGCGGAUUCUCUUAUUACAUUCCAGCAUCACAUCAUGUCUCACCUGUCACAGGCGGCCUUCAGAUGCAAUCACUGCCAUAUCAGCUUCCAGAGCCACAGGGAACUCUUACAGCAUCAGGACUUACAUGGGCACGGCAGCAAACUUCACAGGGAAGGUGACGGCACUGAGCAUUCCCCCAGGGGGCUGACGAAAGCCUCCAGCAGCAGCAGCAGCCCGCGCGAGCUGGCCAACAGGAAGGACGCCCUGCUGGGGAGUCCCAAAGGGGUCCUCAACAAGGAGACCAGCACAGACGGAGAUGCCGACAAGGCUGAGAAGAAAUCCCUGCUGUCGAUUCAGAAGGGAGACGCACCAGGCAGCAAAGCGAGUUUUUCUUACACGAGGAUCAAGUCUGAGCCUUCAAGCCCCCGGCUCGCCUCCUCCCCUGUGCAGCAUAACAUGCCUACGUUUCCCAUGGGCCCCUUUUCUCAGUUUGCAUUCUCCCAAGACAUUUCAGUAGUCCCUCAAGCUUCUGAGAUUCUGGAAAUGUCAGAGCUCGUUCAUAGGAGGCUGCGCCAUGGAGGUACAGCUACCCCCCCUGUCAUCUACAGCCCUCUGAUGCCCAAGGGGCCACGUGUUUCGAACUGCAAUAUCACCUUCAGCAAUCUGGACAACUAUUUGGUGCACAAAAAGCAUUACUGUAACAGCCGCUGGCAACACAGCAAGUCCCCCGACUUCUCAGCUCUGUCAGACAAGAUCCCCGAGGCGGUGAGUCCCAACAGUGGCCACAGUUCAGUGAGCCUGUUGGCCGGCUGCCACCCCGCAGAGGCCGACAGCCACCUUAUGCAGUCUGCCUGUUUGAACUCCAAUGUUCUGGACAUGAUCAGUGCUGGAGCCAAAGGGCCUGAUAAGGAUCUAGCAGGACAGGUGAAGAAGGUUUCUACCCCAACCGGCGCGGACAGGCUAAAUGGCAAGCAGCUGGAGGGGAAAAGCCCCAGUACAGGUUUGGUGGAUAGUGACAAUGACCCAACAAGACAACCUGUGAUGCUUGCAACAUUCACCUUCAGUCGUCACGAGACCUACAUGGUCCAUAAACAGUAUUACUGCGCCACACGUCAUGAUCCACCCAUGAAACGCAUGUCCACCAACAAGGUGCCAUCCAUGCAGAGGACCAUGAGAACCCGCAAGCGCAGGAAGAUGUACGAGAUGUGUCCUGCCCAGGACCACCAGAGGCCACAUUUGGGACAGCCAGGUUUUCUUGGGGUUCCUCCAAUGAAUCCUUGUACAUCCCAGGAAGCUGUAGAAAGUCUGGCCGACCGCUUCCACCCCCGCUGUGACAUGUUCCCAGGCAUGGUACCCAAACACCUAGAGGCCUCCCUGACUGUCACAAAACCUAUCCUGGCUCAAUGCAAUACUGUGCAGGAGCAGGAGGAGCUGGAUGCUCCCAUUGACCUCAGCAAAAAAUGUUCACCAGUUCCUGACAAGACAUGUAUCCCGAAAAGACUCUUGGACUAUCAUGAAUGUGCAGUGUGCAAGAUAAGUUUCAACAAAGUAGAGAACUACUUGGCGCACAAACAGAACUUUUGCCCCGCAACAGCCGCUGCUACUGCUGCAGCUGCUGCCGCCGCCGCUCAGCAACAACAGCCCCAGCAGCAGCAGCAGCACAAUGAGACGGGCAGCUUGGAGCCGAACAUCUUCCCCGAAGUGAAGACUGGCCACCAAAACCCUGAUGAUGUCUUUGAUAAGAGUCCAGGCAAAUGUGAGAAGAACGGCAACGGGAAGGUGAUUGCUCAGAAUGGAGGUAUGUUCCCACCUCACCUGGCACCUGUGCCGGGACUAAAGCCUUUUGCUGAGCCCCAACUUAUCCCGCCAAAAGAAGAGAACAAGAACGUGUUUCCCCACUGCCUUUACCCUGGAGCAAUAAAGAAGGUUAAAGGUCCUGAACAAAUAUCGCCCUACUUUGGGAUAAAGGCAACUGAUUAUGUGAGUGGGGGCUCAUUGAUGCCGGGAGAGGCCUGUGAACAGGAGCAGAGUGUUAACGGAGUAGGAGCAGGAGAGACUGGAACAACUAGAGAGCAGGCUCAACAGCCUGCUGCUAAUGGCUGCCCUCACCCUGGCAAGGAAGCCCUUCCCCUGCUGCAAAACAGGGGCAUGGUCAUCGUCAACGGGGGGCACAACACGGAGGAACGUUCAGGCACAGCUCCGCCACAGCAGGAGAACCCGCCUUACCUCCCAGCAGCAGAUGGCCAAGCCCUGAAUCCCUCGCCCACGUGGGCCACUGAGAACCAGCCCGAGUCCAAUGAGAACAUGUCGCCUUCCUCCAAGUCCCCGAAUGAGGAGGGUUGCCCAACGCCACUAAAGGCGGUGAACGGCUCCGGUAGCGGCAAGUACUGCCGCCUCUGCGACAUUCAGUUCAACAACCUGUCAAACUUUAUUACCCAUAAGUUUUACUGUUCAUCACAUGCUGCAGAGCAUGUAAAAUAAGUUGAGACGAGUAAGACGUGUUCCUGUUCGCGUUCCAACACCUUUUUCCUGACUUUUACUGCUUUUUUUCCUCUUUUGUUUUGGUACACUGUUGUGUCUGGAAUAGUGCAUCACGCAGUGCUAAACGCCUGCUUGUGGACAAUCAAGAGAAGCUUCUUCUUUCGUUGUUUUAAGGACUUAUAAAAAAAGAAAAAGCAAAACCGCUGGUU